ACGCACGCACGCACGUGAGGCGCCCAGUUCCCGGUCGGAGCGCGGAGGCCGCUGUCGGAGUGGCGACUAUGUCGGGGGCGGCGGGCUCGGCGGGCUCGGCCCGCAAGCGGCUGAUGAAGGAGGAAGACAUGACCAAGGUGGAGUUCGAGACCAGCGAGGAGGUGGACGUCACGCCGACCUUCGACACCAUGGGGCUGCGCGAGGACCUGCUGCGCGGCAUCUACGCCUAUGGUUUUGAGAAGCCAUCGGCGAUCCAACAGAGAGCAAUCAAACAGAUCAUUAAAGGAAGAGAUGUGAUUGCACAGUCACAGUCUGGAACAGGAAAAACGGCAACAUUUUGUAUCUCGGUUCUGCAGUGUCUGGAUAUUCAGGUUCGGGAAACCCAGGCAUUGAUUCUUGCGCCAACGAGGGAGCUGGCUGUACAGAUACAGAAGGGUCUUCUUGCUCUGGGUGACUACAUGAACGUGCAGUGUCAUGCCUGUAUCGGAGGGACAAAUGUUGGUGAAGACAUCCGAAAACUGGAUUACGGGCAACAUGUCGUUGCUGGCACCCCAGGCCGUGUGUUUGAUAUGAUCCGUCGCCGAAGCUUGAGGACGCGGGCCAUCAAAAUGUUGGUUUUGGAUGAAGCGGAUGAGAUGCUCAAUAAAGGCUUCAAGGAGCAGAUUUACGAUGUGUACCGAUACCUGCCUCCCGCUACACAGGUGGUUCUCAUCAGUGCUACCUUGCCCCAUGAGAUCCUGGAGAUGACCAAUAAGUUCAUGACGGACCCUAUUCGUAUCCUAGUUAAACGUGAUGAACUGACUCUAGAAGGAAUCAAGCAGUUUUUUGUCGCUGUGGAGAGGGAAGAAUGGAAGUUUGACACGCUGUGUGAUCUGUAUGAUACGCUCACCAUCACGCAAGCUGUCAUCUUCUGUAAUACCAAGAGGAAGGUGGACUGGCUAACGGAGAAGAUGAGAGAAGCGAAUUUCACAGUCUCAUCCAUGCAUGGAGACAUGCCACAGAAAGAGAGAGAAUCCAUUAUGAAGGAGUUCAGAUCUGGUGCCAGCCGAGUUCUUAUAUCUACAGACGUUUGGGCCCGGGGUCUGGAUGUUCCUCAGGUAUCCUUGAUCAUUAACUACGAUUUGCCUAAUAACAGAGAACUCUAUAUACACAGAAUCGGCAGAUCAGGUCGGUAUGGCCGCAAAGGCGUGGCCAUCAACUUUGUGAAGAAUGAUGACAUUCGUAUCCUGCGUGACAUUGAGCAGUACUACUCCACUCAGAUAGAUGAAAUGCCCAUGAAUGUUGCUGAUCUCAUUUAAAAAAACAAGACCAACAGAAGACCAGCAGAAUUGAAGACCUGCAUUUUUAUCCUGUUUGUUAUUUUCCAUGUAGUAACUUUUCACUUAGUCAUUUUUAUUUAAGUGACGUUUUCAAAGCCCCUUACAUUGCCAUUUUAAUUUUCUUAGUUUAAUCUGCAAAUUGGCAUCUGUGUAUAGUGUUUGCUUUCAUUCAACCUGCUUUCUUUUUAAAUAAAAAAAAAAAAAAAUUUUUUGUCAUAAA